AUGAGAGAAAGAAAUAAUCAAGCAUCUACAUCAGAGAAAAACCGCAAACAGAUCCCAUGUUACUGGGAGAAUCAGCCAGGCGGUUGUCGCAAAAAGCAUUGCCCGUUCAUGCAUAAGAAUCCUGAUGCACGCACUGAUGGCAUCGCACCUAGCCAGCCCGCUCCACCGACACCAGCUGCCCCCGCGGGCGGCGUGGGAGUGGGCGGUGUGGGCGUCGGCGUAGGCGUCGGCGAGAGCGUCGUGACAGAGGGCGUGGCGGUGCCGCAAGUGCCGCAACCUGUUCCGCCCGCGCCCGCGCCCGUGCCACUAUUGUGGCAGCAACAGAGACAAGAGUCGGACAAUGAAAGCGCUCCGUCGUCCACGCCCACUAAAACUGUAUCCACGGACGACGCUCAGCGGAUCGCUCGUACAAAGUCGCAGGAGCUCCUGCUGUUAGAGAAAAUACAGGCUGAAGCGGCCGCGUUCUACAGCUACGAUAACCUGCCUCCGGAACCGAACAAAGAACGGAAGAUAAUCAGAACCAAUCUCUCCACGAAAUACGACAGACUGUCUUUAGAUGAGAUCGCGGGUAAAAAACAACAGCAGGCCACUGAGCGACGACACUCCCUAGAUUUCAAAGUUCUUUCAUUAGAAGAGAUAAGAGCAAGAAAGAAGAGCGAAACUAUAGUACCUCCGCCGCCGAUUACACUCAAUUUGCGCAAAAGAAAGUUGUCCACGCACGAGACUAUCACAACAUCGGGUAAUAAAAUAAUAAAAAUGGUCAGGAGUAAUUCUGUAGUUUAUAAAAAAUUAGAUCAAAACGCACCGGCGGCGGCCACUCUGUUUAAAUCUGACCAGAAGCAUGUAGAUGUCAGUGUUAAUAGGAAACGGACUAUAUCGGAGCAAAGUGAUCUAUAUGAGAUACAGGAUGACGAAUUGAUCGACAAUUGUUUCGAAUUUAAAAGAAUCAAAUUAACAGAACAAAUUUCCAAACCUAAACUAAUUAGAACUGCUAGUUCGUGUAAAGAUAACAUUGAAACUAAAGAUGAUACGAACGUUUCUAGUAAGACAGACGAUGAUUCAGAUACAGAAGUACAAAUAGUUAACGUAGACAUUAACGAUAAAAACUUAGAUGUAAGUGAAAUAUUAGAUACUGAAAUUAUAGAUGUGGACUCUGCUAAUAUGGGUGAACCGGUCGCUAUUGUGGACUUGAGUGAUGACCUAGACGACAAUGAUGUAACAUUAACGGAAUUGGAAUUAGGUCUAGUGAAAAAUGUGCCGGACGUUGUCGCCAGUUGUAGGAACAACACAAACAAACUAGACAGCUCAAAUAGAGAUUUACUUAGUGAUAUCGAAGCUAUCCUAGACGAUAGUUUAUGA